UGAACUUGGACUCAAUUAGUGGAGUAAUUCGUCCGGACAACUCACCGGCAAUCCGUAUAUCGCCGGCAAAUUGUUCUUCAUACGUGUCCUUCCGGUGACCGGAGAAAGUGGAGGUAGAUCAACUGACCGCCUUUGUCCUUUGUUAUAAAUAAACCCUAUUCCACAUUAUUGAAUCGGCGUCUACAAAGAUUCGACAUCCAGAUUUCCUUCAUCAUCAUCGUCAAUGUCUAAUCUCAACCAGAUCACCGUCCUCGUCACCGGAGCCGGCGGUAGAACCGGACAACUUGUUUACAAGAAGUUAAAGGAGAAUUCAGAGAAGUUCAUCGCGAGAGGUCUGGUUAGAUCAGAGGAAAGUAAACAGAAAAUUGGUGGAGAAGAUGAUGUUUAUAUUGGGGAUAUUACUAAAUCUGAUAGUAUAAUCCCAGCUUUUGAUGGAAUUGAUGCUCUUGUUAUUCUCACAAGUGCUGUUCCUAAAAUGAAACCUGGGUUUGAUGUAGCCAAGGGUGGUAGACCUGAAUUCUACUUUGAAGAUGGAGGGUAUCCUGAACAGGUUGAUUGGAUUGGACAGAAGAAUCAGAUAGAUGCGGCUAAAGCAGCAGGUGUGAAGCAAAUUGUGUUGGUGGGAUCUAUGGGAGGAACAAACCCUAACCACCCUUUGAACAGUUUAGGAAAUGGAAAUAUUUUGAUUUGGAAGAGAAAGGCAGAAGAGUAUUUGGCUGAUUCUGGAGUUCCAUACACAAUCAUAAGAGCUGGAGGAUUGCAAGAUAAAGAUGGUGGUAAUCGAGAAUUAGUAGUGGGGAAAGAUGAUGAACUUCUCCAAACUGCGAACAAGAGUGUCACUAGGGCUGAUGUAGCAGAAGUCUGCGUUCAGGCGUUACUGCUGUCUGAAGAUGCUAAAUUUAAGGCAUUCGAUCUUGGCUCGUUGCCUGAUGGAUCAGGAACACCAACCAACGAUUUUAAGACCCUCUUUUCACAGAUAACUGCCCGUUUUUGAUCCGAUUGCUUGGAAAAACUUAUAAUAAUGUGACAGUUGGUGAGAAUAAGAAAUUUUCUUUCUUUCUAUCUUAAUUAUGUCUUUAGUUUGGGACACAGAUGAUGAUGAUGAUAUGAAUUAUCUUUUUUUAUCCA